GAAUAACUAGUAGUUGUAAUAUUUUCAGAAUAAUAGAGUCAACUUGCAUUGCAGUAUUAAUGUUUUCUGACAAUAUAAUCUUCAAUUUUGCUCAAUAUGAUUCAAGCAGAGGAGCUCCCAUGGGCAAAUCUCGAGAUAGUGUCACUGAAGAAGACAUUGAUGCAUAUCGUUGAUCGAAUAGUCAAUGAUUUUAUGGCCAAUCCUUUACAUGCUCUCUUCUGGCUAGUUGUCUUGAUAUUUUUGGCGUUUUGGGCUGCUUCAAUCUGUGCUUUCUUCUACAUUAUAGUGUACUGUUUCGAAGCAUGUAUACCAGCGUUGAAGGAUAUAUCGGAUCUCCUUCUACAAGGAGUGCAGUUACCAAACUUGUGUGCUAAGAAAUUCCUUGAAGCUCUGGCAUAAGUGAUUGUGUUGUUUUCGUCCAUAAGUGUUCAAUUUUGCAUAAGUUUUAUAUUGUUAUAACACUGUAACUUAAGGAAUGAUGUUGAUAAGCUCAGAUAUUUAUUACUUUUUUAAUAUACAUUAAUAAUAUUAUUUUCGAGA